AAAAGACCAAAUGAUUACCUGCAUGCUAAGGGUAGAGAAGGCCCAGGUAUGCAUAUUUCCACCAGAUUUCCCUGCAAUUAGAACUCUUUGUAUUUAUGACGGUUGUCACUCAAGACUGAAGUUACUAAUGACAAUAAGGAAAUAAAAACCCUGACCCAACAUAUGUCCAGUUACACUCAGGUAAAUUUUUUGAAGAGUUAAAAGGAAAACAAUAAAAUGGAUGUUAUAUGACCAAAUGAAUUUGGACAAUGCUGGACUUAUCAAAGCAGAACUUCUCAGAGCCUUCAGUGUGAGCUUGUGCCUCAUAAACUACCAGAAGAGAAUGUAGAGUAUGUCAUAAACAUUUUUGGCAAUAGUCUAUUUUUCACUCAGCUUGGAAAAGAGCACUAAGUCAUUUUUUAAUCAAAUUUAAUUGGAUUAUCAAUUUCCAACCAGAGUAGAGCCCUUCCUAGGGCUUUGGGAAAAGACAAGCGCCAUCAUUAUUUAUCUAGCAAAGGACUUCAUGCGGGUCUUCAGACAUGACUCAUGGGGCAGGAAGCACCCAAAAGGGCUGCCCUUUGGUAAUGUAUCAUCUGGGGUAGGGCUUAUAAAAGUAUGAAAUACAUCAUCAUGGACAGUAAGAUGAGAGCAUAAACAAAUCACUCUACGGUUUCAAAGGAGGGGGAAACCAUACCUACUUUGGAAAAUGCCUCAAGGUUUUGUGAGCAGAGAGUUUUCAGCAGUGGCCCGUGAAGGAUGAUUAGGAGGUGGUUGACAGCCAGAAUUGGGAAGAAAUAUUUCCAGGCAGAAGAACUGGCAUUACCAGAGGCACAGAGUGGGCUGGGUUGGGCUAGGCUAGAGGUAGGGACCAGGGAUAGGGAAGAGAUCACCAGUAGCAGGAGAGAGAGAAGAAAGCUUGAUUUUUCAACUGUUUGUCAUGCAUGCUACCUACAUGGAAGAUGGUGAAAGAAAAUGGAGAGUCUGAAACUAAACCUAAAAACAGAAGGAGACCGUGCACAAGCCUCCAGGCAUCCAGAGCACAGUGGAGGGAUCUAAAGGAAGGAAAACUGAAGUCUCAUUUCACCUACCUCAUACUUUGGCUAAGGAAAAGGCCUAAUCAAAUAUAUUUGGAUCUGGGUUCUUUGUCUCCACUUGCCAAUACAGAAAGCCAAAGAGAAGUAAGGUUCUUCUUGAAGAUGUGUGUUAUUCCCUGAAGAAUCUUUUAGGAAAAGCAAACAGCCUGAGAAAUAUUUAUUCAUUAGAUGGAGUCUGGCAGCCGCCAGGAGAAUCCAGAAAGUACCCAGUGCUUGUACAUGCUCGUAAUACACUGGAUUCUUGAAGCACUUGUGAUUUAACUGUUUUGUUGUUAAUUGUCAUUAGGAAGGACCUCUUACUUUCUCCAGGAAAGGUAUUGUUAACCCCCCCUCAAAUGUGUGUGUGUGGAAAUAUUAUAAGACCGUGAAAGACUUUGAGACCAAAAAAUAAUUAUUACAGAAAACGUUGAUUGUUUAAUCCAGUUUUCCAACUGUAAGUAGGACAUGAUUUUUUUUUUUUACACUCCCCCAUGUUUAUCGCUAUAAAGAAGGUAAGUACUCUCUAGUGCCUUGCUUGAUUUGAGAACAUUCUGGCUGCUGCUUCUUGUAAGCUAUAUGGCACUCUUCUGAAAUCUGGUGCUGAUACCUUCCAUAUGUGACCCCAUUUACCCCUGGAAGAGAAAACUUUCUGCUGAAUCAGAUGGGUUUGCAGAGGUGCACACGUAACAAACAACCUAUGUCUUUUUCAAACAGCUGAUAUGUCUAUCCUUUGCCUUCUCACAGUGGGAAGUUUUCCUCUUCUUCUAGAUGGAAAUCCAUACUUUCCCAAUGAGAACUAUGGGUUGCCCAAGAGAGAAUAGCUUGAAAUGUGUGAGCUUAUCUCCAUUAUAGUCAUCACUACUCCCUGGCUUCGUACACAGUCCACAGCCUCACUCCCACCUUGGCUCUCUGAACCGCAGAUGGGUUCACUUAGGACAGCACCUCGUCCAAACCCAGCAGCCAUGAUCCCCUCUGGUUCCAAGUGUACUGUAUGCACAGCAAAACACACCGAAGGAGAUUAUGUAGCUCUGGAGAGACUCAGGGGAACUUCAGCUCAUGAUUGGGUCAAGGCAGUAGAUUGGGGGCCUAAAUUAUCAUGGCAAACCCUAUAGCAAAUUCUUGCCAUUUCUUGGUUCAGACCAAAGCUGACAACCUAAACAUGGUCAGGUUUCACAUGAGCCUGAGACUCUGGGAGUCCAAACAAGAGAAGAAACAAGAUCCUGCAUGUCACGUGGGAGACUGCAUGGGCCGGGGCCAAGCCAGCUGGUGAGCUCGGUGACGUUCAGAGAGAAAAACUAAGUAAUCGCUCCCUUACAGGUGAUAUUUCAUGGUCUCCAAUUAUGGACUAUGACAUGGAAAUGCUGGCAGUCUCCUUUAUCCAGAGAAUAGCUCCUCUUGAACUGCCCUUUCUGAUGCUGUACAGAGAAACGUUUAGUGCUACAUAGCGAAUUUUGGCAUUUUGUUAAGUUUGAUGAGUGUAGCCCUAUCUGUCCCAUUUAAGCACUGUGAAUGCAGGGGGGUGUGUGUGUGUGUGUGUGUGUGUGUGUGUGUGUGUGUGUUGUGUGAAAGGCAAGGCAGCAUGCUGCAUUGUUCUUGUGUGUUGAUAUAUCAUUUCAAGACUGGCUCCCAGUGUAGCUGAGAGACCUGGUUUCAGAUGCCAGUUGGAGCGUCCUCGGGCUCAUUAAUAAUGGACCAGUCUGGCAAGAGCAGCCUCACUUCCUUUGUUUUCCGCCGCAGAAGAAGGGGAACAUGGAUCUCUCCGUUUUGCCAAACAACAACCAUCCUGACAAAUUCCUGCAGCUCGACGUGAAGUCUUUCAUGAGGAGCUCAGCUCUUCUUCAAGCCAGCCUGGCAAGGUUUCCGGGGGGGAAUUACCCCGCUGCGCAGCACUGGCAAAACCUUGUGUACUCACAGAGAGAAAAGAAGACCAUUUCUGCUCAGCGAAUGAGGAGAUCCGGGCCAGAGGGCGUUGCUGCUGUGGACCAUCCCCCACCGUCCUUGUCAUCAGUUCUGAAGAAUAACCCACUCUAUGGUGACCUAAGUUUGGAGGAAGCUAUGGAAGAAAGAAAAAAGCAUCCCUCGUGGACGGUUGAGGAAUAUGACAGGCAUUCCCUGCACACAAACCUUUCUGGGCAUCUAAAGGAAAAUCCUAAUGACCUACGGUUUUGGUUGGGAGACAUGUACACACCUGGUUUUGACACCUUAUUGAAAAAGGAAGAGGAACAAGAAAAGCAUUCAAAAUACUGUCGUAUAGGUCUGAUUUUGCUCCUUGUUGCCUGCAUCUUGGUUUUCAUAGUGACUGUUUGCACAUUUUUCGCCUAAAGAAAAUUGCAGCAGAUACAAUGGCUUGAAAUUUCUUAAAAAUCUUUCUAAAUAAACAU